CACCGCAGGCUGUUGUCCUCCGACUUCUCUGUGGUCUGAGGACCAGAUUGAGGAAAAUGGGCCUGCUGAAUAUUAUCAGCUCUAUCAAAGACCGAGCUGAAAAGUUUCUAAAUGAGAAAAAUGUGGUGACAGAUAUUCUGGGAAAAAUGGAGGAGAAAACUGGGAUCAAGAAGAAGGUCAUUGCUCUUGGUGCCGUCUCGCUGACCGGACUCUACCUGGUGUACGGAUAUGGUGCCUCCCUCCUCUGCAACCUGAUUGGUUUUGUUUAUCCAGCUUAUUAUUCAGUCAAAGCCAUCGAAAGCCCGUGCAAAGAAGAUGACACAAAAUGGUUGACCUACUGGGUGGUGUACGGUGUCUUCAGUCUGGGCGAGUUCUUCUCUGAUAUUUUCCUCUACUGGUUCCCAUUUUACUACGCUUUUAAGUGUCUCUUCUUACUGUGGUGCAUGGCCCCAGUGUCCUGGAAUGGCUCACAGAUUAUCUACAACAAAGUGGUUCGGCCUGCCUUCCUUCGCCAUGAGGCCACGGUGGACAACAUGGUCAGUGACCUCAGUGGGAAGGCCAUGAGUGCUGCCGAGAACCUCACCAGAGAAGUCCUGACCACUCUGGUGAAGAACAAAGCUGUGAUCACACCAUCGCCACCUGUUGCUCAGUCUGAAGCUAAAAGUUUACCAAGUACAUCAGGAGAAACAUCCACAGCUAAAGUUGGUCCAUCAGAGAUGAACGAAGAAAGAAGAUUCUUUAGAUAGCAGCAGAGGAAGAGGAGGAGCCUUGGUGAGGAAGAAAAGGAGGGAAAGAGGGUUUUUCCUCAUCAUCCUGACAGAUUUCAACAGGAUUGUUACCUCUGUCAAAGAGACUGAUUUCCUUUUAAAAAAAAAAAAAAAAAAAAAAAAUCAUGUUAUAGUUGUGCAGCAGGACAUUGUGAAAAGCUAAAAUCUGAAAACAUCUUUUUUACUUCUUUGUUUAUAUUCAAGAUUUCUGGGAACAAUGCUGUUCUUUGUUUUUUUUGUUUUUUUUAAAUUAUUAAAUUUUUUCUAUGCAAA